CAAUUAGAACUAAUCACACCCUUUCAGCUGUAUUUCAACCCUGAAUUAAUAUUUAAAAACUUCCAAGUAUGGAGGUUAAUCACAAACUACUUAUUCUUUGGACCAGUUGGCUUUAAUUUUUUAUUUAACAUGAUCUUUUUAUAUCGUUACUGCCGAAUGCUUGAAGAAGGAUCUUUUCGGGGUCGGACGGCAGACUUUGUAUUUAUGUUCCUUUUUGGAGGACUUUUAAUGACUCUUUUUGGCCUGUUUGUGAACUUGGUUUUCUUGGGUCAGGCAUUCACAAUAAUGCUCGUGUACGUAUGGAGCCGCAGGAAUCCCUAUGUCCGCAUGAACUUUUUUGGUCUUCUUAUUUUUCAAGCCCCAUUUCUACCCUGGGUAUUGAUGGGCUUUUCGCUACUUUUGGGAAACUCCAUCAUUGUGGAUCUCCUCGGCAUUGCUGUUGGGCAUAUAUAUUUUUUCUUAGAGGAUGUCUUUCCUACUCAGCCUGGUGGUGGAAGGCUUCUGAGAACGCCAUCUGUCCU